CUUCCCCUAAACUACAACGUGUGGUUGCCCUGCUCAUGUAAUGGUCUAACAGCCCGAUCUCAAGUUCACAGUGUCGACCUGCAAAGCAUCUGCCCUGACUAAGCACCCUGGAGCAAGGCACCCUUUACCUCCCCCGGAGCUGCUCUCUCCACCCCUCCACAGGGAUGAGUGGAGUAACUCAUCCCCACAGCAGCUCAGACACCGCACGGUGGCGCAGUGGAGCGACUGAAACGGAGCCCUGCUGAGUUUUUUUUUUUUUUUUUUCACCCCCUUCUCUGGAAAACAUCAAUGGGGAGAGUGUAUUUGCAUGUCCGGCCGUCUGUGCCAAUGGGCGCACUGGGAAGGCUGGGUUAGCGGGUGGAGCCGGGGGAAGCAGCCCAGUAAGUGCACAGUCAACAACCAAAGCAUCCGAGAUUACUACAGGUUCACCAAUUUCACCGAGAUCUACCUUGAAUCGCUGUUGUGAACCUGUUUUUUUUUUUUUUUAAUCAUUUGAAACCGUGUUCUGUGUGCGUGCGUGCGUAUGCGUGUGCAGCGGCCAGGUUGAUUUUGCGGCUCCACAUCGCCUCCAUACAUCGCCCCUCGCAGCGCGGAUGAAGAAGAUUUCGUGACAUUUAACACACUUCGCAGCGUAUUCUUGUGUGUAACGCGUCUCCUGCCCCGGGGUCCUGGAUUUACACAGAGGAGCGGGGAGCCGAUCAUCCGUCGUUCUCUUGGUACCAGGGAGCACGUGACCCCGGAGAUGAACAAGCUUCGGCAGAGCCUGAGGAGGAAGAAGCCCACCUACGUGCCAGAGGCCAGCAGACCGCAUCAGUGGCAGGCUGACGAGGAGGCUGUACGAAAGGGCAAAUGUAACUUCGCUGUCAGGUAUCUGGGGCUGGUCGAGGUGGAGGAGUCCAGGGGGAUGCACGUGUGCGAGGAGGCGGUGAAGAAGCUCAAAGUUAGUGGGAAAAAGACAGUCAAAGCAGUAUUGUGGGUGUCAGCUGAUGGCCUCAGGGUGGUGGAUGACAAAACUAAGGACCUCAUUGUGGACCAGACCAUAGAGAAGGUUUCAUUCUGCGCCCCUGAUCGUAACUAUGACAAGGCCUUCUCCUACAUCUGCAGAGACGGUACUACCAGACGGUGGAUGUGCCACUGCUUCAUGGCUCUCAAAGACUCGGGUGAGAGGCUGAGCCACGCAGUUGGCUGUGCCUUCGCCGCCUGUCUGGAGAGGAAGCAGCGCAGGGAGAAGGAGUGCGGCGUGACGGCGUCCUUUGACGCCAGUCGCACCUCAUUUGUGCGCGAGGGCUCCUUCCGCGCCAACUCUUCCUGCAGCCAGCAGGGCAGCAGCAGCGAGCGAGAUGACAAGCUGCCAGACAAGAAAAAAGACCAACCGUCUGCAAUCCCAGCCCUCCCACCUGGCACCGCCUCCCCACCCGAGGGUGCUGCGUCCCCCAUGGAGCGACCGGAACCAGGUGGGCCUCACGCCAUCCCACGUCGCCACGCGCCCAUCGAGCAGCUGGUGCGUCAGGGGUCGUUCCGGGGAUUCCCUGCCCUCAGCCAGAAGAACUCCCCCUUCAAGAGGCAGCUGUCGCUCCGCCUCAACGACCUGCCCUCGACAUUACAACGCAAGACCGACUUCCAGACCAAGAACCCUGAGAUGGAAAUGGGCUUGCCGUGUGAGGGAGACAGUAGUAUCAACGCCCUGUGCUGUCAGAUCAACAACUCCUUCACAAAGCCAUCGGACGAGCUUUUCUCAAACCCCACUCUGGCUGCAAAUGGUCCUCCAACUUGCACUGUGCCCCCUGUCCUGCCUCCACCACCUGCAUCAGUUCAGGCCACUUCUUCCUGGGUGCAGCCAGAGCCUCCACUCCACUCUCCUCCUGCGGUUUCCGUGGCGAUGCAGAUGCAGAUGCAGAUGCAGAGUGGACACAGGCGCACACCCUCUGAGGCUGAGAGAUGGCUGGAGGAGGUCUCCAAGGCUGUCAAGGCUCAACAGACCCCACCUCCGGGCCCUGUCAUCCCCACCAUCCCCGGACCCCCCUCCAUGUCAAGUCAGCAGAUGUCCAGUCAGGCAGCCAUAUCAGCCGCCCCAGUGUCCACUGUCCCUCUCUCCCUUGGCACCAUGUCCAAACCUCUCAUCUCUGGUCCCUCUGCACUCUCAAGUCAAGCCCCAAUGCCCCUUCCGCCCAUGUCAAUAUCAUCGGUUCCUCUAAUACCAGGCCCUCCAGUGUCAGGGCCCCCCAUGUCUCUACCUUCUAUGUCGAUCCCCACAAUGUCCGGUCCGAGCAUGUCUGGGGCCCCCAUGCUCCAGCCUUCCCUCCCCGGGCCACCAGGAUCCCUUCCAAGCUCCAUGCAGCCAUUCCCCUUGGCUUUUGACACCACUCCAGCACCUGUCGGAAUGUUCGCCAGCCAGCCUGUCCAGCCGGCAUUCGUGCCCAUGCAGACCUACAUGCCAGGCCUGGCCAGCAGCAUGACCUAUCCCAACGCCAGUGUGCCUGUGGUGGGCAUCACACCAUCGCAAAUGGUGGCUAAUGUCUUCUGCACUGCCGCAGGCUCAUCUGGUGCAGGUGGAGCCAUGGGCUCAGUUGGAGGGGGACCCAAAGUGGGGGCACUCGGGACAGUUGGGCAGCACCAUCCCCAUCCAGGAGCACCUGGUGCAGUCGGGCAUACUGGAGGGUUUUCAACACCACCAUUCUCCUCCACUCCGCCACUAUCAACAGCCAUUAAUGGCCUCCCACCGCACAGCAGCAUCAUGAUGGACCUCCAGAAUGGGACGUCCAACAGUGGCAGUAAUUGUGGAGGCAGUAGCAGCUGGCCGCCAGAGGGCAGCCAGCUAACAGCUCCGGCAGCCAGCGCCUCCCAAGACGAUGAUCGUUUUGAGGCCAAGUGGGCCGCACUGGAGGCCAAACCAGGGCCUCAGCAGCAGCCUGGAAGUAAGGCACCAGCUGCAGCAGCCAACCCGUUUUCCAACAAUCUUCAAAAGACAUUUGAGAUUGAGCUUUAAGUCAGAGUUGGCCCCCCAAAGCUGUAGCUCUAGCCCUCGAAUUAAAGCCUGAGAAAGCCUGGCACUAAUUCCAGCAUCUCUGCUUGGAAUGGGAUGCUGGUCCUGAAAGUUAGCCUAGCAUCUGACCGGUGGCGGCCUAGCAACCUGCCUUAAGCUCUCUGAGAGUCAGUCUUAUAAUGAUCUUAAUUGCUUUCUUUACACUCUGACAGAAGUUUGCAUGUUGCUGGGCUGCCAUUGGACGAUCAGGUUCGCUUGCUCAUUAGACUUGAUGGACUGAAUCCUUUCACUCCACCCGCUAGCCACCUCUCUUUCCUGCUUACACUUCUCCACUCUGGCUUUUCUUUACCUGCUGCAAGCCCCUGGAUGUACUGUAAGUGCCCCUCUGAGGACCAAGUGUGUGUGUGUGAGUGGGGGGGCAGCUCAGUGGUUUCUUUCGUUAAAAGGGGACUCCACUCAGAUGCAUUCCAAACCCAUGAGAUGCUUUUUUUUCUUGGUGGAGAAUUGAGUGGAUAUGACUACAUUGCAACACAUGCAGAGGAGCAGAGAAGCGAUUUGUUGACUUACGAUCAGACUGAUUGUGAGCUUAGCCAAGCACAGCAAAAGUCUGGACACCUGAAAGGACUAGCCAAUGAUGUAAGACCCAACCUUACCAACACAGAAGGACUUACUGACGAAUAGCAGAGAUUUAUGGCCAAAAUUAUUUUAUUUAUUGUAUUUUCUUUCUUUAUUUUAUCAAGCUAUAUAUACUUAAAAAUCAAAUUUUUAAAGCAGUGUUUCAGGAGCGUUUUUCAUCCCCUAUAUUUAUAUUUGUUGAAUCGUAAAGAGGAGGGAAAACAGUUAGCAGAAGGCUAACAGAUGUGAUCGAGCAGCGGUAGAGGGAAACUGAGUCGUGGUACAGGAACCAAAUAGCAAGGGCUUACAGUGGAGUGGUGUGUAGUGCAACAUGUGAGACAGUAAAUGUAUAUAGCAGCAUGUUUUUCCACCCAUUAGCCCUCAAGUAUACACUUCACUGCUGGUGAGGCUUCACUUUGGCUCUGUAGCCCAUUUCUGUUGUUAAAGCCUCCCUUAAAGGGUUACUGGAACUCGCUUCAGGAUAUCCAGCACACUGACACUCCGGACAAUGCAGCACAACAGUCCUUUGGACUCCAUCUUCUCCAGACAAAUCCAAGGAACUUCAACUCAGAGGAAACACACAAAAAAAACACUCUACAACACUGUGCAACUGGUUGUCAAGAUGAUGCACUACAUUCCAACAUUCAUAAAUCCUUUAACGUGUUCAAACACAGGGUAUAUUGUCAUCACUUACAGUAUGAUUGUGUAUUCUCCUCUAUGUACUACUGUAUCAGUUGCACUCAUUUUCGAUCCAUGAUCAGAGGUGAAAAGAGGAGAGGAACAUGAGCAGACACAGACCGGAGUGUGGCAAAGCAAAAAAAAAUGGAGAAGAAAAAAAAAAGACAUAUGUUUGAAUUAUUGAGGACAUUUGAUUAAGAGGAAGAGAAAAUAUCGAACGACAGAAGAAAAGAGGAAAGAGGGAAGGAUAACCUGUAUGUGAGAGACUGAAGGAGAGAACGGAGUUAUAUCUUUAAAAAAAUAAUAAAUGAGACGGAGGAAGUCUGGCAAGGGGGGGGAAUGAGAAAAGAUAUGAGCGAAGAGAUAAGUGUGUGUGAAAAAACUGCGAACAAAGACACAUUCAUCACGUAGCCCACAACCUAAGCACUGUCUGCCAUGGUUACUUCUUUUUUGGUGUCGAGGCCAAGCAUCAUGUUCCUCAUCUCCUUAAACCUCACAAACAACAUUUGAUCAUGUUCUUUUUUUAAAAAAAAAAAAAUAAAGAAGAAGAAGAAAAAGUCGCUUAUUAUAUAACUGCGGUCUCAUAAACAAGAUAUUUUCAAAGUAUGUGCAACUCCUUAUAGAGUUCAAACUUGUCAACAACAAAGCUUUCCGUGUUUACCUGCAGUUUCUGGCAUGUUUCAUUAAAAGUUCAGGUCCGUUUCGAGAAGAUGCUCCAUUUCAAAGUAGAGAUGUUUAUUAUAGAAGGGCUUUUCCAUUUUAGCAAACAGGUUAUUGUCUGUAUGUUCUGUAAAAAAAACUGUAAUUUGACCAGAGACGCUGCUGCCAUGUUCCUCGGCAAUUGAAUUGUAUGGAUAUGGACUGCCACUGAUUAAGUUUCCUGCUCAUUAACUCCCUGCAGUUUAAUUAGCUUAUUGGGCCUCUUCCUAUGGCAGCGAUCCCAUCUGAUAGUCUGCCUUCUCAGAGAACCGUAAUGUAUGUGCCACUGGCCUGAUUUAUACCGUCUCUGAUCCUCCCAGGGAUUUUGUCCUUCAUUUUCGGACAAAUCGAUAUUGCUUCCCGACCAAACGAAGUCCCAGUUGCUCUCUCGACCCUCCUCUCUCUACAAGACAAGACUGAUUCACUCAUGAAAUCAAUGCGUUUAUUUCAGUGAAAAUAUAUUUUAGCCCUCGACUCCUGUUUGCACGCCCUCCAAAUUAUAAAUGUAGGUUAAUUGUGUUCCGCGUUAAAGCAAACUAAAUGACCUCAUAAACUUGAUUGUAAAACCAUAGUUUAGUGAUGGUAACAAAGCAAACCAGUGGAAUUUAUUUUUAAUCUUUAUUUACAGAAUUUUUGUAUUUAAACCUACAUAUUUGUAUUGUAAUUACAUUGUACAAAAGAUAAAUAAAGUAAUAUAAUAUUA